UUAACAUCUUGCAACGGGUUACGCGGUAUACUCGAAGUUAAACUCUUGUGAUGGAGACUGAAGAUAUGAACUCCAGUGUAUCGUUUGAAAUACCGAUUCGAGAUGGUAUUCAAUCUCCAAGAGCACAAAGACUGCUUCAAUCUCCUAACCGUAGUCAGAUAAAUGAGUCAGACUUGACUGAAAGGCUUGAAAAAGCCCGACAGAGGCGUUCAAACGUGUUGGCAGAAACCAUAAAUAAGAAUGAACAGCAUGUUCAACUGGCGAAGUCAAAGUGUGAGCAAGGAAAAGAAAAACUUAUGAGUCGCUGCAAUGAAAUAAUGGAAAACCUUACUGAAGAUCUAGCAUUAAAGUCAUCACGGAGACAACAGAUUAUCGAAAAUAUAGUUAACAGCAGCAAAAAAGAGGUUGAAAGAGCAAAACAGCUUGCAGAUGCACGUUCCUCCCCUCAAAGUUUGCUGCUCCAACAAAUAAAUGAUGAUAUGUCAAAUAAAGAAAAUAAUAGGCGUUCACAUAUUCUGAACAUUGUCCAGCAGUGUCAGACUGAGAUUGAGAAAGUAGCGUCCGUGAGGUCGCGACGUUCGGUCAAUGACAACAGCAUAAACUGAAUAAUGCAGCCUUUUAUGUGUAUGGGGUCCAAGUGAUGUAUGCUGCAUUUUGUUCUACAUAACUAUUCCACGAGCUGUAUCCAUAUUUCUUUAAAAUGAAACCGUAAAUAAAUUUAUACUAUAUA